GAGUCAACACUCAACAGUCCCCACUCUGCUUGACAGGAGUGAGAGAAGAGGACUGAGAAACGAUGGUGUCUGCCCUUUCCUUCCGACUUCCCAACUUCAUACCCUUCUCUCACCGCCAUAAACACCACUCUUUCCUCGCUGGCUCCCCGCUCAUCCGCCGCUCAAAACCCCCACCAACAACCACCAUUUCCCCUCUGGCGUACGUUACUGCCUCCUCUGCAAACCUUACUCGCCCCCUCCGUGUGGCGGUAGUCGGUGGCGGUCCGGCGGGAGCCUCCGCGGCCGAGGCGCUCGCUUCAGGCGGCAUCGAAACUUACCUCCUGGAACGCAAUCCUUCGAACGCCAAGCCCUGUGGCGGCGCGAUCCCUCUCUGCAUGAUCGACGAGUUCGGGAUCCCGCCGGAGAUACUCGACCGCCGGGUGACGCGGAUGCGCAUCAUCUCCCCCUCCAACCUCACCAUCGAUUUUGGCAAGACCCUUCAGCCCCACGAGUUCAUCGGCAUGCUUCGCCGCGAGCGCCUCGACGCUUUUCUCCGCCAGAGGGCCCAGCACUCCGGAGCCUCUCUCCUUCACGGCCUCUUCCUCGAUCUCGACUGCCCCAAGAAGGCCAACGAGCCCUACCUCCUCCACUAUACCGCCCAUGGCAGUCGCACGACUCUGGAGGUUGACGCAGUUAUAGGUGCGGAUGGAGCAAACAGCCGUGUCGCCAAAUCUAUCUCCGCCGGCGACUACUCGUACGCCAUUGCCUUCCAGGAGCGGAUGAAGCUGCCAGAAGAGAAGAUGGCAUACUACGAGAACCUCGCUGAGAUGUAUGUUGGAGAUGAUGUGUCACCGGACUUCUAUGGAUGGGUCUUCCCCAAAUGCGACCAUGUUGCAGUUGGCACAGGCACCAUGAUGGCGAAGCCCCAGAUCAAGAGGUUUCAGAGUGGCAUCAGGCAGAGGGUGGCACCCAAAAUCGCUGGCGGAGAGGUCAUCAAGGUGGAGGCUCACCCCAUUCCAGAGCAUCCCCGGCCGAGGCGGGUUGUCGGGAGGGUGGCACUGGUUGGAGAUGCAGCUGGAUAUGUAACCAAGUGCUCGGGUGAGGGUAUCUACUUUGCAGCGAAGUCGGGCCGAAUGUGUGGGCAGGCCAUUGUCAAGGGGUCCGACAAUGGCAGGAAGGCGAUAGAUGAGAAGAUGUUGAAGACUCUGUACCUUAAGCAGUGGGACGAUGCGUAUUAUCCCACUUUUAGGUUCCUAGAUAUCUUGCAGGGAUUCUUCUAUAGCUGCAACGAGGACAGGGAAGCAUUGGUGGAGCUGUGUGGGGACGAAUACGUGCAGAGAAUGACUUUCCAGAGCUACCUCUACAAGACGAUCGCUCCGGGGAACCCGGUGCAAGAUUUGAAAUUAGCUUUCAAGACGGUGGGGACCUUGAUGAGGGCCAAGUUUUUGGGGUAUGAGAUGAAAAUGUUGGUGGGAAAGAAGGCGUGAAAUUAGAAGACCACUUUGCGAUCUUGUAAUCAGUUUGUUGGGAUAUUGGUGGAAGCCUGUUUUUCGGUUUGGAGGACUGGUUACUUUCUUGCGUGGCUAGUGCUUUUGUGUAAUAAAAAAUUAAUAAAGAUGUUUGUGUUUUAGCGGCAUAAAUUCAGGUGCAGACAAGAGCUUGAUGGCGUUUGGAAAAGGACAAACUUGAGUUGGUGACUGACUGUCGGUGGCUGUUGAAUAAACAGACACGCCUGUAACAGUGGAAGGAGGAGUUUGAGCAUCUUCCCUUGCACGAUGAAGGUAUGCAGGUUGCGAUGGGGGUUGAGAGAAACAGGUAGAGUAUGUAACUAGUCUGUCUUAUCCCGAGAUAUUGCAGUUUAUAUAUAUGACAUCGUUUGUCGGUUUUAACUUUUAA